GCGGAGUCCAUGCAGGCGCCGGCCGAGGGAGGGGGCGCGGUGGCUCUGGAGUCCAGCGCUCCCUCAGGCCGUGGACGUGAUGCUGGCUGCUGCGGGUCAGGCGGUGGGGCCGGCGGGGAUGUGAUGGGCGGCCCCUCGCCUCACCUGCCGUCCUGGGGCCUGUAGGUCGCUGGGCGAUCCGCAGCCGGGCAGAGGAGGCAGUGCGACCUCCGCACGAUUCUGUCAAAUUUUAAGAACAAAUGCACCAUAUAGCUCAUGGAAGAAAAAACACAAAUCAAGACUUUUUUGGGUUCCAGGUUGCCAAAGUAUGGAACAAAAUCUGUAAGAAGUACACUGCAGCCAAUGCCAAAUGGAAAACCUGUUAAUUUAUUGGGAACUUCAAAGAGUAGCAACAUCAAAAGUUUCAUCAAAAAUAAUGGCUCUGAUUGUUCAUCGUCCCAUUCAUUCAGUUGGAGAACGGCAAAUAAAUACCAGUUUAGUGCACAAAGUCCUGAGGAACCUAACAAUCCUCAGAGUUCACAUGAUAAAGUAAUUGAUCCUGAAAAACAUGUACCAACUCAAGGAGUAUUUGAUAAAAAUGGGAUAAAGGGAGGUUUGAAAAGUAUCUCUUUAUUCACAUCAAAAUUAGCGAAGCCAACAACUAUGUUUGUGUCAUCUACAGAGGAGUUAAAUCAAAAGUCUUUGUCUGGACCAUCUAAUUUGGGUAAAUUCACCAAAGGCACAUUAUUAGGAAGGACUUCAUAUGCUUCAGUCAGUGCUCCAAAAUCACAGUUGAAUGGAUUUUAUGGAAACCGAUCAACUGGUAGCAUACAAAGGCCUAGAGCAAACUCCUGUGCCACCAGAAGCAGUUCUGGAGAAAGCUUAGCACAAUCCCUAGAUAAUAUUAAAUCUCUUGCUUGUGAAAAAAUGGUAAGGUCACAAAGUUUUUCACAUUCCAUUCAGAAUUCAUUCCUUCCACCUUCAUCUAUAACCAGAUCACAUUCCUUCAAUAGAGCUGCAGAUCUUACAAAGCCUUAUCAGAACCAACAGCCACCCAUUAGAGUGCCUCUGAGGUCAAGUAUGCUAACAAGAAAUUCCCGACAGACAGAAGUACUCAAUGGGAAUGAACAUUUAGGGUAUGGGUUUAAUAGGCCUUAUGCUGCUGGUGGAAAGAAGUUGGCUUUACCAAAUGGCCCAGGUGUAACUUCCACUUUGGGUUACAGGAUGGUUCACCCCUCUUUACUGAAAUCUAGCCGACCGCCAUUUUCUGGAACCAUCACAGUUGAUGGUAAUAAAAAUUCACCUGCUGACACAUGUAUAGAGGAAGAUGAUGCACUUGUGACUAAGGACAGAGCUGCUAAUAAGGACCAAGAACUAAUUGAAAAUGAUAGUUACAGAACAGAAAAUGACCAGACCGUGAAGCAUGAUGCUAAAAUUAGAUACUUGAGUGAUGAUGUGGAUGACAUUUCCUUGUCUUCUUUGUCAUCUUCUGAUAAGAAUGAUCUAAGUGAAGACUUUAGUGAUGAUUUUAUAGAUAUGGAAGACUCCAACAGAACUAGAAUAACUCCAGAGGAAAUUUCUCUCAAAGAAGAAAAGCGUGAAAAUGUACCACCAAAGGAUAUAUUUGAUUCCCCUAAGGAAAAUGAAAAAUCCUUCAUUAAAACUGAAGAGUGGAUAGAUAUAAGUGUCUCUGACAGGAGUGAAUGUUCAAAACAUACUUCUGGAAAUAACUUGAUCUCACCAGACACAGAUUACAGAGCUGGUUCUUCGUUUGAACUCUCUCCAUCUGAUAGCUCUGAUGGGACAUACAUGUGGGAUGAAGAGGGCUUGGAGCCCAUUGGAAAUGUCCACCCAGUUGGGAGCUAUGAGUCCUCUGAAAUGAACAGCAUAGAUAUUCUGAAUAAUCUUGAAUCAUGUGACCUUGAAGAUGAUGACCUUAUGCUUGAUGUGGAUCUGCCUGAGGAUGCACCUCUUGAGAAUGUGGAGUGUGACAAUAUGAACCGCUUUGACCGAUCAGACAGAAAUGUUCGGCAGUCUCAGGAAGGAUUUUGGAAAAGGCCACCCCAGAGGUGGAGUGGACAGGAACAUUACCACCUCAGCCAUCCUGACCACUAUCAUCACCAUGGAAAAAGUGACUUGAGCAGAGGCUCUCCUUAUAGAGAAUCUCCUUUGGGUCAUUUUGAAAGCUAUGGAGGAACCCCCUUUUUCCAGGCUCAGAAGAUGUUUGUAGAUGUACCAGAAAAUACAGUGAUACUGGAUGAGAUGACCCUCCGGCACAUGGUUCAGGAUUGCACCGCUGUAAAAACUCAGUUACUCAAACUGAAACGGCUGCUACAUCAGCAUGAUGGAAGUGGUUCAUUGCAUGAUGUUCAGCUCUCAUUGCCAUCCAGUCCAGAACCAGAAGACAGUGAUCAAAUAUACAAGAAUGAAGAUUUGUUAAAUGAAAUAAAUCAACUUAAAGAGGAAAUAAAGAAAAAAGAUGAAAAAAUCCAACUAUUAGAACAUCAGCUUGCAACUCGGUGUAACUGCAACCAAAAAUCUAAAGAAGAAAAAUGUACAUAUGCUGAUAAAUAUACCCAAACACCCUGGAGAAGAAUUCCUCCUCCAGUACUACAGCCUUCCAGCAGCCUUCCCAGACCCACAGACCACGCCCAGGGAAAACUAAUAAAGCCGCAACAUAUCGAGGCCCACAGUGAGUGCAAAGUCCAGAGCAAACAUCAGGGUGUUGCACAUCUGGACAAAGGCUUUACACAUGGCUUGCAACAGGAAAGCAACCAUGGUCUGGAAGAUCAGCCUUUUUCUCCGAGCCUGCUAUUCACUAAGGAUGUGGUGAAGAGUACACCUUCUGAAGCAAACUUGAACAUGACCACGAAUUGUCAAGAGCCUUAUCAUUUGGCAAAUGAUCAAAUUAAUGACAUGCAAGUUGUACCCACUUCUCUUCAGACACUUCCCCCGUCAAGUACAGUAGACCAGGCUAAGAGAGUUGGAAGAAAUCAAACUUUACCAGAGGGCUACACAUCUCAGCCCAAGUCCUUGCAUCUUUUGAAGCCAUCCAUCUUAAAUUCUUUGGUACCUCCUCCAGUUCCUGAAACAUCUCCAGGUAGGACUCCCACUUGUAAGAAGUCACCAACAAUCACACCAGAUAAUUCAGCAAAACUUCAGCCAACCUCUAGUCAAACAAAUCUUGCAAAUAAUCCAAAUCCAAAAGUAUCUAAGCUCCGCCCCCCUUCUGGCUCUUUCAAACAAAAACAAAUAAGCAACCCCCGCCUAGAACCUCAAAACUUCCAGGCCAAGACAAGCAUCCCAAGGCCACUGACAAGAAGAAAAGAAAUCAUGCAGAAUACUAAAGACAAUUUGAAUUCUGGGGAUUGUUUGGCCUCUAAUCAAUAUUCUCAUCUUCCUAAACCAAAGAUACAUUAAAUACAUAGCCAUCACCUGCCAAUUUAAGAAAAUCAACAACAAUCUGUUCUGUACUAGCUUUAUGUGCAGUUUGCUACCAUGAUGGAGGUUCCAUUGAAAGCUUUCAAAUCUUAAAAUUAAAAUGUGGAAGCUUCUUCUAGUUCGGCUCUUCCAUUUAUAUCCUGGUUGAAGUACAUAGCAUUUGAGCAUAUUUGUCUCAGGUAAACAAAAAGUUUGCUUACCCACUCACAAGUCUACAGAAGGCUCUAAUCAUGUUAUCCAUCUCUCUGCACAUUAGGAAAUUCAUAAUAUUCCAUUUGGUGGGCAACAGAUGUGCUUUGCUGAUCUAGUCCUUUUAAGGUCUGUGUUAAUUGUGGUUCUGAGAGCCUCACCCUUUUCACUUGUCCCUCCUGUGAAUAUGGUUACUAUUUUAACUAAAGAUUUGAUGAUAAUGGAAAAUGGUAGUCUGUAAACAGAGUUCUGGCCAGUGAUUUGUAUAUAUAAAAGGUCUAUGCAAACGCUCUGUGAUGAAUAAAGGAGAUCGGGCUUUUAA